CGUCAUUUAUUAUUGUCGGAUCUAUUUCGGGUCCAAACCCGUUUGAUGGAUCCGUCUCCUACCGAAUCACUUCAGACGUGGAGAACGAACGAGACAGAGGGAAGAGAAUCAUCGGUGUGGCGAGCAAUGGAUUUGAAGAAACGGCGAAAGAUUUUGGAGAAGAAAAAGACGAUUCAUGACCUUAUAAAAAGAGCUUCUUCCAUUGACGAUCCUCUUUCUCCGUUUGAUUCUUUCCGCCGUUACCGAAGAAACGACUUAUCUUUGUACCUGGAAUCUGGCCGUGGAGAUAGACUUUCCUCGUCUGUGAAACAUCACAUUCAAAAACUCUUGAAGACGAACAUGGAAGGGUUCUAUGGGUCUGAUUGGCCUAUACAAGCAAAGGUGAAGCGUAAGGAGAUGUCUUCCGCUGAUGCACAUUAUAUCUUUGUGCGUGAGCUGCGUUUUGGUAAAGCCUAUGAGACAUCUACUCAAAGAACUUGCAUGGAAGGGUGUAAUCAGAUAGCUGGAUUUGUGCAUUACCGGUUUAUUUUAGAGGAAGAGAUACCUGUCCUUUAUGUGUAUGAAAUACAGCUGGAAUCCCGGGUUCAAGGAAAGGGACUAGGAGAAUUUUUAAUGCAGUUGAUUGAGCUCAUUGCUUCUAAGAAUCGGAUGAGUGCGAUCGUGCUAACUGUUCUAACAUCUAAUGCAUUGGCAAUGACUUUCUACAUGAGCAAGUUAGGAUACAGAAUAUCAAGCAUUUCUCCCUCAAAAGCUAAUCUUCCGACUCUCUCGGUGAAGUAUGAGAUACUUUGCAAAACUUUUGAUUCCGAAGCUAAAUCUGUGUUGGAGGUUUGCCCUUUCGCUGCACCACUCACAUUUAUGACAAAACUGCUGAUCUAAUAUAAUAUGUGAGUGCUUCUUUUGCUUUUUAUCUUGGUAUUGUAUUAUUAAGACUGCUAUGAUUGCUUUAUUUUGCAAGAAGAAUGAUGAAGAACCUACCAAAGAUUGAGUAUCAAGCAUGGAAUAGCACAUAUAGAUUCACUACCACAGAGGGGUGUGAUAAGAUGCAUUUAGAAAACAGACGAAUCCGAUGAAGACUUGGUUCCUCCAAUGACUUGGUUCACACCAGAGGCAGAUACAGAACUCCAACAAUGCCUAGCAACUGCCAAAUUGACCAUUUUGAAACCUGAGUCCUCGCAACAAACCAGUCGUUUGCAACCAGCGGAGACUAAAUUUGGUAAGCUGUGAGUACUUCUAGGCUUUCUUAACCUUACGGGGAGAUUGUGCAGUUAUAUACUAGGACUAGGACUUAGUAGAGUGAGAACAAUUGUUGAAUUUGGUUUUGAUAUAAUGAAUCAGAGAGAUAUCUUUUCUUUUACAAAAUUGCCAAAAGUAUUGAAUCAUGAGUGCUUG